UGAAGAGAAGGAAGAAGACAAAUCGAAUCUUCUUUACUUCCUUCUAACAACGUAUACGAAGAAAACUGAGGAGUUUUUCACAAUUUUUCAAACAGGUCUAGAAAGAUGGAGUCGAAUCGUAGUAGGAAACGAAUACACAAUUGCCCCGUCGUUGAACAAUUGACUACAAUCAUGAACUAAAGUGAAAGAGCAGUGGACGUACGAUGCUACCGGAAGAGAAGCGAUAAUGCGCCUGAAAUUCGUAAGAACGUUGCUGGUGCUCGCGUUAUUAGGGAACAUCAUCGUCUGGCACAGAAUAUGGAGGUUAUACGCGACGCAGAACACAUUGCAGUUGUUGACACCGAGUACUGUAACACCUGACCCGUCGCAGAAGUCUAAUCACCGGCGCCUAGCCCGGCUGAUGACGGUGGUCAUACGACAGUUCGAGGUGUUCGAGAACGACGUAACAUCCACUGUCGACUCGGUGUUGAACGUGUUCCCUACGAUACCAAUUUUAAUAGUAAGUAACGAGUCACCGUACCCGCCGCUGGAAUUGGAUUUUACUAAUGAAACUAUCAGAAAUGUUAAACUAAUCAAUUUGAAACCAGAGUUUAAUAGACCUUUUGAUGAAAGAAAUCCAUUGUUCUAUAUACGUACCAAGUACGUUUUGUUUCUACCUGAUGCUACCAGGCUCGCUACCAGACAUGUUAUCCAAGAAAUCCUUUCUCACGUUGAGAAACUGGGUGUCGUGAGUAUACCAAUAGGAAGCGAGACUUUGAAGUGCAUCGAUAUAGAUUUAAAAGUGAAAGAAUGGAGCCUGAAACUGACAGAAGCAACGGGCAGUGUAUGUGACGGAGUGAAUGGGAGGCAUGCUACCAUACUCGAGACUAAAUUGUUAAGGAAAUUGACAGACCCUUUCUUAUUACCAUUUACCAACGCUUUGUAUAUUCAGACGACCGCUUUAGGCGCAAAGAUUCAUAUAUUAGCGAAUUACCGAUUCAACGAAGGGAAACCGUUGUACAAAAGUCAGCAGUCGCAGUGGAUGUUGGAACAGUUGAAUCAACGCCGGGAAAGGUCGAUGUUCGAAACGUUGGGGAUUAAAAAGGUGACAAGAGCUUCCAAUUCCGUAGACUGGUACGGCUGUUCCAGACAAACUAGUAGCUGUUUCGGUUCAGUCGUGAACGGAGUUCCAUCGUAUCUCUACGAAAAUCGGUACACGCCGCCAUGCUGCCUCUCGGGGCUGAGGAAAGUCGCUCAUCACGUUUUCGACAAAUUAGAGGAGGUCGGUAUUAGGUUUUGGCUAGAGGCCAGCUCGUUGCUGGGUGCUAUGCGUAACGGCGAUAUCCUCCCGUGGGAUCAUCAAGUACAAAUAGGUGUGAACCGCGACGACCUCGAAAGGUCACCGUGGAUAAUGAAGGCUAUGAACAACCCGACCGUCGAUAAUCUAGGUUUCGUUUGGGAAAAAGCUAGCGAUGGGGAAUUUUUCAAAGUGCAGUACUCCAAGACUAACCAUUUGACUGUGAACAUACUUCCAUUUUAUACGAGGAACGGCUCGAUGCUCAGAGACGCCUGGUUUUUAAAUAACAAAGACUUCCCGGAACAGUUUCUCCACCCGAUGUCGACCAUAGAGUUUGCCGGCAGACAGGUGCCCUGUCCGAACAAUAUCCGAGACUUUUUGGAGCUGAAGUACUUUAGGGGAGUGAUAGAAAACCCGGAGAUACCUGGGAAACUUUCUUUUUAAUGUCAGCAAGUAGGAAGUCAAUUUUUCUUAUACACGUCGUUUAAAUCUGAAUGAUAUAUCGUACGUUUAAAUUUAAAUACAGUAGUGGUUGAGAGAUGAAGGCGAGAAGUCAGAUUAAAACUCGCCUUGAACUUACCACGGCUACUGCGGUUGUUUAAAAAUCUAUUAAGGCUUCACGAAUCUUUUCUAUCGUCUUAAGAAUCCGAAUUACAUAAAUUCUAUGAGAGAAGUUGAAUAUGAAUAUAUGAAAACGUUAUUUUCCGAUAUUUUAUAAGGCUUGUAUACUAAGAAUUGAUUUGGCGUGACUUAAUGGAAGGACCGAAGGACGGUUCUGUGUAAUCCAGAGCGUAGAUGUUAUAUAUUUUCUGAUAUUUAUAGUACAUGCGUAGGUUCCAUGUUCAAUUUUAAUUAUUUAUUAGAUCUUCGCUGUAUUUAUUUAUUUCGAUUGCAAAUGACGAAUUGUUAAAACAUAACUGCAAGCUUUACAAUAUUUCUAGUAUUUACCUUCACGAGGUAAAACAGUUUUUGAAAAAGUGUGAUUUUGUG